GGGUACCAGCUCCCUUUUGCUGUGUAGGCGGCGGGUCCUCAGACCAAGGGAAGGAGAAGGAGUUAACUUGCCGGAAUUGUGCAGGUCUGCGGGUCUGUUCUUAGCACGACACAAGGCUAGAAAAGGAGGAAGAAACUAACUGGAUCAGUACAGGAGUAAUUGUAUUCCAAGAGGAAUAAGCAGGAAAAAAAAGGAAGAGAAGGGAGGCAGAAAGACACAAGAUGAAACCCUGUCAAAAAAUUGAAGGAAAACCAGAGAAUGAGGGUGAAUCAAAGAUUGAGGAAGAGCCAAAGCCCGAGGAAAACCCAGAGAAGAAGGAAGAACCAGAGGAGGAGGAAAAAACAGAAGGAACUUUUAGAGAAAGGCUUAUUCAGUCUCUCCAGGAAUUUAAAGAAGAUAUACACAACAGGCACUUAAGCAAAGAAGAUAUGUUUAGAGAAGUGGAUGAAAUGGACGAGAUAAGGAGAGUAAGAAACAAACUUAUAGUGAUGCGUUGGAAGGUGAAUCGAAACCAUCCUUACCCCUAUUUACUGUGAUUUGCCUUGAUUUUUAUUCUGAUAUUAACGUUGCCAUAUAGCUUUCUUUUGAUUUAUGUUUUUCUGAUAUACCUUUGCCCAUCUUCCUAACUUUUAACUUGUUUUGGUGUUAGUGGUUUUAGAAGCAUCUUAGUAUCUGCAUCUUAUUGUUUAUCAUAUUUGAACCCAUCUACAAGUCUUUGUCUUUUAAUAGGGGAGCUUCACUCAUUUGUGCAAAAAAAAAGGUUCCCGAAGGAUAUAAAAUGAAAAAAAAAAAAGGUUACUAAGUAAUAUGUGAAUAUCAUAUUUUUGAAAGGGAGGAGUACAUUUGUAUAUCAUAUAUAUGCACAUAAA